ACGAGAAAUGGAAGAAAAACAACUUAACCAUUUAAGUCAUGAGGAACACCCUCUCAUCCUGAGUGAGCUGCAGAAGAAAAAGGACAACGGUAGUAUUGAUCAAAAGUUAGUAGUCUGUUAUGGGUGUCAGGAGCAAACCUUAGAUCCUGCAGCAUACUGUUGCUUUGCUUGUGAUUUCUUUCUCCACAAAAAAUGUGCGGAGCUUCCUCAACAAAUUACACACCCGAUGCACUCCCAGCAUCACUUGGUCCUCCUCAGGAAUCCAACUUAUUCUUCUCGUAGUCGUAUCUGUAGUGCGUGUGGCCAAGAUGAUUGGAAGUUUUCCAACUACCACUGUUCCUUGUGUGAAUUUGAUCUCGAUUGUCAUGAGCACCCUCUUCGACAGCAGGGACCAGCUACUUUCUACUGUAAUGCUUGCCGUAAGGUUGAUGACGAUUCAUCUUAUUUGUCCAUUUUGGAUCCAAAAAAAAUGUGCCUUGCAGUCAACAACUGUGAAGCACAAGGAUCAUAAUCUCUCACUGCUACAAAUCUUAUUUUCUUACAUCUGAUCUGACCACCGCAAAUUUCCACAAGAAUGCUCUGUUUGUCAUGAAAAGGUACAUCUGAGUCGUUGGGUCUAUUAUUGUGGUCCUUGCAGAUACUUCCUCCAUGUUACAUGCAUUGUGGUCUCUCAAAAGGAUGAAGAGCAGCUAAGUGAAGAUAUUAAAUAUCCUAUCUCGUAAGAGCUUUUCUUUGUUUUGCUUGCUA